AUGUGGGCAACGCGCGGCAGCUCGGUCCUCGCCAUCUCGCUGCAACCUUCCGGCGGCCGGGAACCCGCGGCCCGGCCUCCAACGCUCCAAGGAACCGACUCGUGGAUCGGACGAGGAUGGGAGACUUCAGAGCGUCAGGCGGCGGGAGGUGACGGCGCCGGAACGCGGGAACGGACGGCGGUUGGAGCGCGGCGGCGGCGGGAACGGCCGUUGGAGCGCGGCGCGCGCCCGGUGCCGUUGGUCCAGCCGGGCAGGGGGCACGUGAUCGACCUUCCGCGCUUGCGCAGGCGCACAGCGCUCAUGUCCUGGAGGGAUGCUGCUCGACCCGCUGAGUUCCUCCAGCAGAUUGUUUGUUGCUUCAGAUUCCAGCAUCUGCAGUCUCUUGUGUCUCCAGAUCUUGAACAGAAUUGCCAAAGGCGUGAUUGGUUGAAUAUCUUCUUUUGUUGUGUGAUUCUAGGAUGUGAGAAGAGGAGAGGCAGUUCAAGAUCUGCUGCAUACCUAGGAAUAGAGUAUGGAAUGGGCUUGGAAUCGAGGGUUUUGUUUGGAGAUGAGAUUGUGCAUGGGUUGAGGUUAAGAGGGUGUAUCAUUAGGCAGGAGGUAUGGUACAGGGAGUUUAAGGUUAGGAGAUGGGGUUUGGAGGACUUUUUGGCAGGAAGGUUGAAUUUACUGGAUAGAGGGUGGGAAGAACACAUACAGGCUGUCCCCAGGUUAUGAACGCCCAACUUGCAGACACCCCUAAACAUGAACAAGCUCCCAUAAUAUUAAAUUGAAAAGUCCGAUGUAUGUACAAACAUUGGUUCCAAGGAAUGACAGUACUAGUUUCCCCUUGCUCUCCACUUUCAGUAAGUGUUUUUUUCUUAUCAGUCUUAUGUGUUCUUGAUGCCAUUCAUUAUGAUACUGUGGAAGUAUGGUUACCAUAUCAAAUGAUUUUUGUAUAUUUUCCGACUUAAGAGAAAAAUCGACUAAAGGACGCCUGUAAAAAUGGAACCCGUUUGUUCCUGGGUAUGGCCUGUACUAGUUUAAGAAAGUGUUCAGGAGAGGGGGGUGUCAGGUGUGGGUUGAUGAUAGAAGAAUAACCAUGCAUGUAACGGAUAGGAGAAACAGGAUAGCUUGUAAACAUGAAGCAUUGGGAAGGCGAAGAGGGAUAAAGGAUGUGGUAGGGAAUGAGAACGAGGUAAUGUUCAGGGAAAUGGGACCACAGUGUAGUUCAUGGCAAUUUUUUUAAUGUCAGUUUAUUGAAAAUAUUAUUGGCUGCUAUGUUCACGCCAUAUCUAACAGAAAUGGAAAAAUACGAUCUAUAUUACUUAAAAAAGGUAAAAACUUCAUCUGUUCGACUUACUUCCACCUAGAUGGAAAAAUAGAGAUAGGUUUUACUGUAGUCCUUAAGUUAUUAAUUCAAAUUAAUCAAGAUUUAGUACUAAUCUGCCCAGUCUCCUGAUCAUAUAUUUUAAUGAAAAUCUUUGUUUUGGUAAGACUUUUUACUUUCCCUUUGAAUAAUUUCCAUAGUACUGAUAUCAAAAACUUUGCAAUAGUACAAACUGCUUCCUGAUUUAAUUAGAAUGAUCCCUGCUCUGGAUUAUUUCACAUAGCUGUCCUUAUAGCAAGCACAUUGUUUACACCUAACCCCAAAGUGCUAUAACAAAAUUUGUGGGAAAUUACCUCCUUGUGGCUGUUACCUUGCUAGUCCAUAGUCCAAUGACUGCAGUUCAAACAAAAAAUGAGAUAGAACAUUUUCUGCCAGCUUGUGUGAAAAUAAAGUAUGUUACAUAACAGAAAUCUUCUCAUUUAUUUAUCAAACAACAAUUACUCAUACUUAACU